AUGAACUCCCUGUUGCGAAUACUGCUCUUAAUUGCUACCUGGACGUUUCAUAUAGCUGUGGCUGUUCCGACGGAAGUUACCGAGCAGCACAACGUGCCAUGUUCGAUUCAGUUUAGUGAACAGGUUACUGCGGAAGGUGUCCACAAUAAAACAUUCAAUGAUGUGUCGUACUGUGCCUUCCUUGGAAUACGCUACGCCAAGCCUCCCGUUGGAGAGUUACGAUUUGCCAACCCAGUGCAAUCAGAUCCCGAAGGGCAUGGAAACUACACGUCGUACGGAAGUGUUUGUCCGCAGUUUAAAAACAUCAACCGGCAAGAUGAAAUAGUGGGAAGUGAAGAUUGUCUUUACUUGAACGUUUUUGUGCCGCAAAGAGAGACGAGAACUAAUGAAGAUCCCAUUAAGUAUCCAGUUUUGGUUUUCAUACAUGGCGGAAGCUUUGUAGCCGGAUCAGGAGAUGUUCAUGGCGUGGACUUACUUAUGGAAAAUGAGCUGAUCGUGGUCACACUUAAUUAUCGCUUAGGAGUUUUUGGAUUCUUAAAAUACGAACGCCAAAACAUAUCUGGUAACUAUGGGUUGAACGAUCAGCUUGCCGCUCUGCAGUGGAUACAACGCAAUGUGCAUCAUUUCGGUGGUGAUCCUCAGCGUAUUACUCUUAUGGGGCACAGUGCCGGUGGUGCCUCGGUAACCCAUCAUCUGUACCAUGAGCAGGCCCGUGGCCUUUUCCACAACCUGAUCGUACUGAGCGGAUCAAUGCUUGCACCGUGGGCCAUUCUCUACGACUACUCUCGCUGUCUGGAUAAUUUUGUGCACGACGUUGAUGCGACUACACUGGCCGAAUUUCGUUCAUUAGACUUCCAGAAGUUCUUCAUUCCGGAUCGCAAGCUACGUUACACCUUUGCAUUCUCCAGCAUGUUCUACGGUUGUUUUAUUCCCACAUUUGACAAUCGUACCGAAGGUGAUGGUGCCUACUUUUCCCGGGCCCCGCACGAGAUGGUACGUGAACAAACACCACCUCAAAUGCCGAUACUUAUUAGCGAAACUGCUACCGAGUUUGAGUUGCUACUACCACAUGUAUUUGACUUUUGGAUGAGUACUAACUAUCUGAACCAGCGUCAUGUAACGAUACGGCGGCAGGUCGGUGACAUUCUGGAUAAUGUUGGCAAAUGGGUAGUGGCCCAAGGGCUUGAGCCGACGAAGCAACAGUUCUAUCAGAAGAUGGCAAAUAUGGCUAACAUUUUCUAUCCAAUUAGACGAUUACUGCACGAGCUUGAGAAACACUUGGACAGCAAUCAGUUGUACUAUCUGCGUUUUGAGUUUGAUGGAAAGUUCGGUGAGUAUAAGAAAAAGAUAUACGCAUCCCUGCUGGAGACGGAUAGGUACGGUGCUCUACAUGGUGAUGAGUUGGGAUACAUCUUCAACCCAUAUAAUCUGCGGGAAGCACUGGCAAAUCGAGCAGAGUACCGUCACGAGUUAUCAGUACACAUCAAGUCCGUUGAAUUGAUUGCAAACUUUGUGAAAUAUGGCAAUCCAACUCCAAAACGGAGCAAACUUUCGGAUAUUGUGUGGCCAUCGUACAGGGAAGCGAGCAACCGCACCGAAUACCUAAACAUAGACAAAGAGUUUACGCUGCGUCAAGCCGAUGACAGGCGCAAUAUUUACUCCAUGAUUUGGAAAAUUGUGUACGAAUGUUUGUACCACUCACAAUGUGAGAUCAUCACGAGGCUGGAACUGCUGGCGGAGCAGUACGGUGGGAUGAUAGUCACGCAAACUAAUGAUGAGUACUUCGAACUGCUGGAUGAAGACAUGAAAAAUAAUGUAACUUAG